GUUCGGGAGGCCGUGGCAACUGUCAGACAGUUCGCUGCCUGCUGCAGGAAUGUCUCCGUGUGCCACGGGAAAGAGCGAGGAGAGAACCUUGCUGCUGUUACCUGCGUUAGCGUAGCUGUUGAAAAUGGACACGCGGAUGUUGUAAAGUUGCUGCUCCAACACAGAGCGAAUGUUGAAGGACUUCAUUCUUGGUCUGGGUGGAAUUCUUUACACCAAGCUUCUUUUCAGGGAUGCACUGAGAUAAUGAAAAUACUCCUGGACGAAGGGGCAAACAAGGAAUGUAAGGAUGACUUUGGAAUUACACCUUUGUUUGUUGCAGCUCAGUAUGGAAAGCUGGAGAGUUUAAGACUGCUUGUCUCUCACGGUGCGGAUGUGAACUCUCAAGCGGAGGACAGAGCCACUCCCCUGCUGAUUGCGGCGCAGGAGGGCCACGCCGAAUGCGUGGAGCUGCUGUUAUCCAGAGGGGCGGAUCCAAAUCGCUACUGCAACGAGGAUAACUGGCAGUUGCCCAUUCACGCAGCCGCUGAAAUGGGCCACACGAAGAUAUUAGAGUUGCUGAUACCCGUUACCGAUCGGAUUUGUGACAACGGCAAAGGCAAAGUGAGCCCCGUGUAUUCAGCGGUGUACGGUGGUAAUAAGGAAUGUUUGGAAAUGUUGCUUCAAGAAGGCUACAGUCCGGAUGCUCAGGAGUGCCUUAACUUCGACUGCAGAUCGCCCAUGUGUAUGGUCUUCCAAAAAGAGUUUUUUUAUUUCGUCGAUGUUUUCCUGAAAUACGGGAUCACCUUACUUGGGAUUAAUCUGGGAUAUUGCCUUGGCCAUGAAAAGUUUACGUUGUUUCAGCGCUUCUUGAAGCUGGGCUGUUCGCUGCCUUCUGGGGACCAGUUACCGGAGUUCCUAAGUUACGCGGUGAAAGCGCGGGGGGAGCACAAGGAGUGGCUGCCCUAUCUGCUCCUGGCGGGGUUUGAUCCAGUGCAGUUGAUGCGCAGAAUCUGGAUUUUCUCUGUGAGCGAGAAUGUCCUUAAUUUCAUCCUGGAGUUCACGAACUGGAAAAGACUUCCUCCAGCUGUAGAGCAAGACCUUGCAGACUACAAGGAGAAGUUCACCUGGAUUCCCAAGAGCCAUUUUGCCGUCAUCCCUUCCCUGUCUCAUCUCUGCCGUCUUGAGAUCCGGUCCAUUUUAACGAGCCAACGCCUGCGAUCGGACCGGUUUAUCCGGGAAUUGCCUCUGCCGGCGUGUCUCCAGGAUUACCUUCUCUACUUAGAUGUACUGCGAGUCAACGCUAUCCCAGAAGCGGAGGAUUAUCUGGGGCGGGGAGAGGAGGGAGCUCCCUCUACCAGUUGCUCCGGCGCUGAAGAUGCAGAGAGGAGGGACGCCUGUAAAGCCAGUGCGAGGUGA